AUGCGGGGCCCCUACGCGGCAGAACGACCGGAAUCUGCAAAUCUUCAAGAACAGACUCGAUGUGCUCGUGUCCUCGGCGGGAGGCCAGCAGCAGUUCAGCGGCAGAUGAAGCCCAUCAGAUGGUUGGCGCCGUCAGCCAGAGACCCAAGGACUUUCCUGUCGCUGCACCUCUUUGGAAGUUUGAGGAUGCCGGCACAGGUUUGCCUUCUGAAAUGUGCAAAUGUCACCAGCCGGGAAACAGCAGAUGCCAAGAGGCCCCGGAGAACAGCUCUCCAUCUGGCUCAAACAAACCCGUUGAGUGACAAGAAGGAGGUUGGAUUUGUCUGCCUGGCUUACAGGGCUCUGCGGCUGCUCAUCAUUCCCAAGCCGGUGGGAGAAGCCAGAGGUUCAGAGCAAACCAAGCGGACAGCUGACAGUUCUUCAGAGGAUGAGGAGGAGUAUGUUGUGGAGAAGGUGCUAGACAGGUGUGUGGUUAAGGGGCAAGUGGAAUAUCUGCUGAAGUGGAAAGGCUUUUCUGAGGAACACAAUACUUGGGAACCUGAGAAAAACCUUGAUUGCCCUGAGCUAAUUUCUGAGUUUAUGAAAAAGUAUAAGAUGAAAGAGGGUGAAAAUAACAAACCCAGGGAGAAGUCAGAAAGUAACAAGAGGAAAUCCAAUUUUUCAAAUAAUACUGAUGAUAUCAAAUCCAAAAAAAAGAGAGAGCAGAGCAAUGAUAUCGCUCGGGGCUUUGAGAGAGGAUUAGAACCAGAAAAGAUCAUAGGGGCAACAGAUUCCUGUAAUGAUUUAAUGCUCCUGAUGAAAUGGAAAGACACAGUUGAAACAGACCUGGUCCUUGCAAAAGAAGCUAAUGUGAAAUGUCCACAGAUUGUGAUAGCGUUUUAUGAAGAGAGAUUGACAUGGCAUGCAUAUCCUGAGGAUGCAGAAAAC